AUGAGUUCAAUUGAUUUAGAUGAUGAUCUUAUUUUUUUUAAUAUAGAUUCAUUAGAUGAUGAUGAUGAUGAUGAUGAUGAUGAUGAUGAAUAUUAUUCACGUACAAAAUCUGAUUUAUUAACAAAUGAUUAUACAUCAGUUGAUCGAAUUCAGUCAACAUCAACUAUGAUAUCAAAUAAUAACAAAAUGUCAGAUAUAACUGAUUUACUUGAUUCAACAGAAUUUAAUGAUAAACAAGAAAAUAUUGAUUUAAUAUCAGCAAAUGUUGUAGAUUAUUUACAUACACAUAAUUUACAAAAUGAUCGAGAUAAUUAUGAAAAAUAUCGAUGGGAAACUGAAGAAAAUUAUUUAAAAUAUGGUUCAAAGCAAUUAUCACCAAGUGAUUAUUUAACUCGUACAUCACUUUAUAAUCGUCCUGUUGCUUUUGAAAAAGAUUCACGUUUAUGGGCACGAAGUUUAUUAGAUAAUUUUAAAAAAUCCAAUCAAAAUUUUAAAUCAAAAUCAUCAUCAUCAUCUGCUAAUAUGACUUAUUAUUUACCAGUUAUUAAAAAAUCUUCAUCAUUUGAUCGUCAUGUUCAAUAUAUUGAACAUUUAAAUGAAUGUAAUGAUUAUCCAGCAUAUUUAGAAUAUUUACGAGAAAAUCGUUCACAAUUAUUUUAUACACUUACAGAUUCAAUUGAUAUUAUUGAUGGAUUAAUUGGAACAUUUAUUCGUGAGAAUUAUCAAACAACUGAGAGGAUAUCCUUUAUAAUACAAUCUUAUCGUAUAAUUCCAAAUAAUGAACCAAUACAAACAUUAUUUCGUUCAUAUGAAUAUAGUCCAAAUGAUGAACAAACAUUGGUUAAUUUAUAUAAUUUAAAACAAGCAGAAGAACAAAAUUUAGAUAACUCUUAUUUGAUUCUUUGUCAUCCAAGAUCAUCGCAUAUACUGUGCAAUAAAUUAGAUAAUUUUUCUCGUCGAGAUACCGGCUUCUUACGUUUUGGUCGCAAACGAUAA